AUGCAGUGUCUCAAAGUUGUAAGGAACUUUUCUUUAUGGUCUUCUGUCCCUCUUGGAUAAUUAGACCCAAUUUCUGGAAUAGUCGCCUAAUAUGAAGCUGAUAAUUCUCCCUAAAAGGUCAAUCUAGGAGUCAAUACUUAUAGGGAUAACAAUGGAAACCCUGUUGUUCUAGAAUCUGUUAAAUAAGCUCUACGAAUUGUUAGAGAAAAAAAAUUAGAUAACGAAUAUCCCCCUAUAGAAGGCCUUUAGUCGUUCAUUGAGGCAGCCAUAAAGGUUGGAUACGGGGAGGCUUACUAUACACAAAAUAGUAAAAACAUAGCAGGUUGUUAAGUACUAAGUGGAACAGGAGCUGUUAGGCUAGGGUUCGAAUUUUUAAAUAAGUUCGCCCCUUCUGGAACAAAAGUUUAUGUCCCCAAUCCUACAAAAAAUAUACAUCCAAUCAUAGCUUAGAUGGCAGGAUUGAAGUCCCAGGAGUAUCGCUACUUUGAUCCAAAUACCAGACAAGUUGAUUUCUAAGGGCUAUCGGAAGAUUUGUAUUCUGCUCCCAAUGGAUCCAUAGUAUUACUACAUGCUUGUUCCCAUAACCCAACCGGAUGUGAUCUUGAGUUGUUCUAAUGGAAACAAAUAUUAGAUUUAACUAAGAAAAAAUAAAUUUUGCCUUUCUUUGAUAUGACUUACUAGGGCUUUACUAGCGGAGAUCUUGAAAAAGAUGCUUAAGCCAUUAGAUUAUUUACAGAAGCAGGAGUUCCCAUCAUAUUAGGCCAGUCAUUUGAUAAAAACAUGGGGUUGUCUGGUUAGAGAACAGGAUGCCUAAGUUUAGUUUGUUCCAAUGAAAAAGAGAAGCAAAUCGUUGUCUCAUAGCUUAAUUUGAUUGCUAGAUCUCUUUGGUCUUGUCCCCCUGUUCAUGGAGCUCGAAUUGCAGAAACUAUACUUAACAACCCAGAAAUAUAUCAAUUAUGGUUAGGUGAAGUAAGAAUAAUGGCACAAAGAAUUAAAAAUAUGAGAGUAAGCUUUAUAAAGGCCUUAAAUGACUUGGGUUCCCCUCAUGAUUGGUCUUACAUCUCCAAAUAAUUUGGAAUGUACUCAUUAACUGGAAUUGGACCUUAGUAAAUAAAGGAGCUGGUGGAGAAAUAUCAUAUUUAUUUGUUGAGUAAUGGAGGUAUCUCUAUUGCUGGAUUGAAUGACAGUAAUAUCAAGUAUGUAGCCAAGGCCUUCCAUGAAGUGACAAAACACACUUUAAUAUGA